AUGGAGGCCACAAAGAACGGAAUCUAUUGGAGACUUUUUCUAUUUUCAUGCCUCUUUUUGCAGAGUUCAUCUCAAGACUUUGGCGGGCAGACCCAAUUCAUUUGCACGUCUGUACCCAAGGAUAUGGACAUAUGCUCGGCCACCUUGCAGAACAGUGUGCCUGGAGAGGACUUGAAGAGCACUGUUAUGCAGCUGCGGGAGACGGUCUUGCAGCAGAAAGAGACGAUCAUGAACCAAAAAGAGACCAUCAGAGAACUGACCUCAAAGUUGGCUCGGUGUGAAAGCCAGAGUGGCGCCGAGCCCGGGGACGCGCGGCCAGGGGGCAGGAGGAAAGAGACAGGGACCAAAAACACAAUGGGGGAUGUAUCGAGGGGCCCCACUGACACUUUGACGCAACUAUCACAGACUUUACAGUCGCUGAAGCAGAGAUUAGAAAAUCUUGAGCAAUUCAGCAGAAGUAACAACUCUGUGCAGGCGAACAGCCUCAAAGACCUGCUCCAAAGUAAAAUCGACGACUUGGAGAAGCAGGUGUUGUCCCGAGUGAACAGCAUCGAAGAAGGGAAGCCCGGACUCCGGAAUGAGACGGAGCAGCGUGGGAGAGUGGAGUCCACCCUCACGUCUCUACACCAGAGGAUCACAGACCUGGAGAAAGGUCAGAGAGAAAACAGGCCUUUGGAUAAAUUCCAGCUCACGUUCCCGCUGAGAACCAACUACAUGUACGCAAAAGUGAAGAAGAGUUUGCCUGAGAUGUACGCCCUCACCGUGUGCAUGUGGCUCAAGUCCAACGCAUCCCCGGGAGUGGGCACACCUUUCUCAUACGCAGUUCCUGGUCAAGCCAACGAGCUGGUCCUCAUAGAGUGGGGAAACAACCCAAUGGAGAUACUCAUAAAUGACAAAGUUGCAAAACUGCCUUUCCUGAUCAAUGAUGGGAAGUGGCAUCAUAUCUGUGUGACCUGGACCACUCGUGAUGGUGUUUGGGAAGCUUUCCAAGAUGGUGUCAAGAGGGGGAGUGGAGAGAAUCUGGCACCAUAUCAUCCUAUCAAACCUCAAGGCCUGUUGAUCCUUGGUCAAGAGCAGGACACACUCGGAGGAGGAUUUGAUGCCACACAAGCUUUUGUCGGAGAUCUGGCAAAUUUUCACAUCUGGGAUCGGAAACUAUCGAUGGGAGAGAUUUAUAAUCUAGCAACUUGCAGCAGCAAAGCGCAAGUUGGCAACGUUUUUGCGUGGAUGGAGACGAGCCUUGAUAUUUACGGAGGUGCCUCGAAGUGGACAUUUGAAGCUUGUCGCCAGCUCAACUGAACCGCAGGGAUGAGAGGAUCAAUGAACCAUUUGUUACAGCCACUGUUGUCACAGCAUCAGUAAACUAAUUUGAGAGAUCAAGAGGUGGUUAUUUCAAUGAAUAGCAUCUGGAUUUGUUAUAGAUAUUUGAAAACAUCAUUCGUGGACACAUUGAUAGAUUUUUUACCAGAUUCCCUUUGUGGGACAGGUCACCGGAAAUGGACACUUUGGCAUCCUGUGGUGCUUGAAUGCACAUCAGGCCGAUCUGCAGCGGAUGCCACUCCAGAGGGCACAGGACGCUCUCGGAGACCAAAAUGACAGGCCAGCAUCAAAAGUACAGUAGGAGGUUCAUGUAGUUCUUUAGUGGACAGAUGUCACGCAAUUCAACAAAACGACUGACUUUGUGUUUUCUUUCUUGACUGCCAGGGAUUUUCACUGUGAAAAUGGACAAGGUGGACUUCUUUAAAAGGACUGUGCUUUCAAGAGGUUAUGAAAUAGACAACAUUGUUUUUCUGUCACUAUUCUUUCUCUACCACCACCUGCUUGAUGUGAUUUUUGUGUAAAGAAUGACAUAUUUAUUGCCAACAUUCGAGCCUGAGUGCCUUGGGCUGUUGAAAAGAAUCUCAGCACAUUCAUUAUGAUUUGCAGAGUGUUUGUAAGUUAGUGUUUAUUUUCCUGUAAAUUAAUUUGAAAAGACGUAAAAAAAAACCCAACAAAAAACACUUUGAACAAGGUUGGAUCAGAGCGUUUGUUGUAAAAUGCAAUUCAUUGAUGACAAUGGCACAUUUUGCAGAUGUUUGUACUUCAAUGGGAAUGUUCUCUGUACAGUAACAGCAUGUCUUAACUUCUGUAAAUGCUGCGUCAGCAUCUAUGAUCUUUGCUUUUACUAUCCUACUUUUGGGUUGAGAUUUUAUACUGUAUUGUUAUAUGCUUAAAGC